AACUUGGAGAAGAACAACAAAAAGAAUGAGUGCUCCUUUGGUAAACACUCCACAGGGUUUGUUAACCUUCAAUGAUGUGUCUUUGAACUUCUCACUGGAAGAAUGGGAAUGUCUCAAUUUUGCUCAACGGUCAUUGUACAUAGAUGUAAUGUUGGAGAAUUUCAACAAUCUAUUGUUUUUGGAAAAUCAUCUCAUACACGGAAGACAUCGGAAGGUCUUAGAUCAAGACACAGAGUGCAAUGUCCAUGAACAUAUGAAUAUGCAAGAGAAGUCUUAUAAAUGUAAUGAGCUCAGCAAAAUGAAUAAUGAAUCCACCCAAAGUACACCUUAUAAAACUAACCACAGAGAUGCCUCACUUCAAUCCUCAAACUUGAAAAGACUUAAAAUUGGGAAAACCAGAGAAGUUUCCAAAUAUAAAGACUGUAUAAAGUAUUUAAAUGAGUGCUCUAUAAAUAAUCUACAUCACGGAAUACACAUAGGGAAGAAAGAAAACAACAAUCCAGAUUUUGAUAAGGGUUUUGCAUCUAAACAUAAACUGAUGCUGAAACCAAACAAUAAUGGUGAGAAACCUUACAAAUGCAGUGAAUGUGACAAAUGCUUUACCCAAAAAUGCAGUCUUGAUAAUCAUCAGCGAAUUCAUACUGGAGAGAAACCUUACAAAUGCAGUGAAUGUGACAAAUGCUUUUCUGUCAAAAGUAGUCUUAGAAUUCAUCAGAAAAUUCAUACAGGAGAGAAACCUUACAAAUGCAGUGAAUGUGACAAAUGCUUUACCCAAAAAUGCACUCUCCUUAGUCAUCAGAGAAUUCAUACAGGAGAGAAACCUUUCAAAUGCAGUGAAUGUGGCAAAUGCUUUACCGAACAAUCCUAUCUUAGGAUUCAUCAGAGAAUUCAUACAGGAGAGAAACUUUACAAAUGCAGUGAAUGUGACAAAUGCUUUCCCGGACAAUCCUAUCUUAGGAUUCAUCAGAGAAUUCAUACAGGAGAGAAACCUUACAAAUGCAGUGAAUGUGACAAAUGCUUUACCCAAAAAUGCAGUCUGGAAUGUCAUCAGCGAAUUCAUACAGGAGAGAAACCUUACAAAUGCAGUGAAUGUGACAAAUGCUUUACCCAAAAAUGCAGUCUUGAUAGACAUCAGCGAAUUCAUACUCGAAAGAAACCUUACAAAUGCAGUGAAUGUGACAAAUGCUUUAACCAAAAAUGCAGUCUUGAUAGUCAUCAGCGAAUUCAUACUGGAGAGAAACCUUACAAAUGCAGUGAAUGUGACAAAUGCUUUACUGUCAAAAGUAGUCUUAGAAUGCAUCAGAAAAUUGAUACAGGAGAGAAACCUUACAAAUGCAGUGAAUGUGAUAAAUGCUUUACCAGACAAUCCUAUCUUAGGAUUCAUCAGAGAAUUCAUACAGGAGAGAAACCUUACAAAUGCAGUGAAUGUGACAAAUGCUUUACUUGACAAUCCUAUCUUAGGAUUCAUCAGAGAAUUCAUACAGGAGAGAAACUUUACAAAUGCAGUGAAUGUGACAAAUGCUUUACCCAAAAAUUCUAUCUUCAAAUUCAUCAGAAAAUUCAUACAGGAGAGAAACCUUACA